UUAAAAUGAGCCCGAAACGACAGCGUAAAGGUGCAAAAAAUACGCAAAAUAAGAAGGUUUUAGGGUUUUAGAGCUCUACGAUUUCCCUUUCCGAUCAUCCAGAAGAUUCGUUACACUUUCAGCUAAGCUUUGAUUUCAUCGUCGGGUGGUUCUGAUUUUAUUGACGAUGGCUCGGGUCUAUAUUGGGAAUCUGGACCCUCGUGUGUCUGAGAGGGAUCUCGAAGAUGAAUUUCGUUUAUUUGGUGUUCUUCGGAGUGUCUGGGUUGCUCGUAGACCGCCCGGAUAUGCAUUCAUCGAGUUUGAUGAUAGGAGGGAUGCACUUGACGCAAUUCAUGCCUUGGAUGGGAAAAAUGGGUGGCGCGUAGAGCUUUCUCAUAAUUCUAAGGGAGGAGGCCGUGGUGGGCGUGGGCGUGGAAGUGAUGACCUGAAAUGUUAUGAAUGUGGUGAACCUGGACAUUUUGCAAGGGAGUGUCGCUUGCGCGUUGGUUCACGUGGCCUGGGUAGUGGAAGGAGGCGAAGUCCAAGUCCUUAUUAUAGGCGUCGCAGAAGUCCAAGUUAUGGGUAUGGCCGCAGGAGUGUUAGUCCUCGUGGGAGAAGAUCUCCAAAGAGACGUAGCAUAUCACCUCCUUAUCGGGGUCGCAGCUACAGCAGGUCCCCUCCAUACCGACAUGCUCGCCGUGAUUCACCUUAUGCCAAUGGAGAUUGAGAUCGGAUGUGAAUGGAUCAAGUGCUGAAUGAUCAUUAUGGAACGCUGUGCUAUAAUGUAGUUCCCCUAGGAUUGACUGAGCACACUGCCAACAUGUUAGUUAUGUUGAUGUCAUGACAAUGGUAAUGGGUAUUGAUAAACUCUUGGAUUUUUAUGGCUUUUGCAUAGUGUUGUUGCCACAAAAGGGUGCCCUGGGGACACUUUUUUGCAUGGGCUGUCACACUUGGAUCAUUGAACCUUGAAGGUCACUUCAGUCUUCCUUACUUUAUAUUGCAUGUUAAUUGUUCGCUGGUAGUCUUACUAAGUGACUAUGUUAAUAUUUAAUAUUUCAUAAAAGUUACCUAAAUGUCUUGUGUUUCUUUGUUUUGAGGUUGAUUAUCGGCCAUAACAGCAUCAUUUCGCCACUUACUCCAUCUUCUUGUCUGCUUCUCUGCUUCACAAUCGUCUCAUGUUGUUGCUUCGGUAUAUAAGCUGACUAAAAGUGCAACAAGUUGGUUACAUAGGACCUUUUAGUUCUGUUCAGGACAGGAAUGCUGCAGAUGCAUCCUCCUUUGAAUUGGUGAACUCUUUGGUGAUUGUGGAUAGAAUUUAGUUAUUUCCAUCCUGCAUCAUCAUGAAAUUGACUCAAAUCGGUUCCUAUUUAGUGACUAGCUAUACAUCUAGUGUCUACUGCUCACCAUCAUGUGUUAAAUUGAUGGGCUGCUUCUCAUUGUCUGCUCUAUGACUGUUUCUUUUAGUGGUUUGUGGUCUGCAUACUACACGAUUGGGAUUGCAAUGGUCAGCAUCUUGGUUGUGUGCAAGACUAUUUUGGGUGCUCUAUCCCUAGCAAGCCAGCAUGCGCCAAGCGCCACGUGUCUUUGAUUGUCCACUUUCUGACUGUGUCAUUCCUUCUCGGUUGAUGAUUUUUUACUUGCAUCUGAAUUUGUGUGUCAUCGUCGGCUCCCGGGAUCCUCGUGCCUAAUUGUCUCCUAUCUGCUAUCUGGGGUUUUCUUUUAGUCUUCAGCACUUGAUCAAGUGUAUGAAGAACUCCGCUUAGAUUGACAGCAUUGAUUGCAUUGGAUGGUUGAUCUUGAGGAAUUUAUUGUCUGUUGGCUUGCCUAUUUGACUAUUGUGAACUUGUGAAGUUUAGUUGUUUUGCCAUAUUACUUUGCUGUAAUUUAAGGAUAAUUUUCUGCUGUUCUGUUGAUACAUACUAGCAAUUAAAUACUAAUACUAACAAUUAGAAUUCUUUCUCUGA